CUUCAAAAUGGAGCAGACGGUAGAGAUUGUUUGACGUUUAUAUAGAUUUUGAAAAAAUCUAAUUUCUUGCCAUAUUUGCACUUGAUAAUGUCACAUACAAUAUUAUUGAUUCAACCUGGAAAACCUGAAACCAGGACUUAUUCAGAUUACGAAUCUGUCAAUCAAUGUAUGGAAGGUGUUUGUCACAUUUUUGAAGAGCAUCUAAAAUGCCGUAAUCCAAAUACGCCUUCCAUAACUUACGACAUCAGUCAACUUUUUGAUUUUAUUGAUCAGUUAGCUGACUUGAGUUGCUUAGUCUACCAAAGAAUAACAAAUACCUAUGCACCAUAUAAUAAAGACUGGAUUAAAGAAAAAAUUUAUAUAUUAUUAAGACGCCAAGCAAGAAACCAUCCACUAUAAAUAUUUUAUGCCUUUGUGAAUAUAUUAAUUAUACUAAUAUUAAUGACUUAUCUUAAUAUUGUGUUUUUUCGUUACUUGACAUAAAUUGUUAAUUACUGUUAUUUAUAUUUCUAAUGCUAAUUUAUCUAUUGAAAGUGUAUUUUAUAACUGUCGUAGAUACUUACAAAACAGUGCUAUCUAUUUAUUACUUUGCUUUAAAACCAAAGAAAUAAAAUAAACAUAAUUAAAUUUUAUUUUAAUUAAUAAAUAUUUUUUCUUUGAAAGAAAUGUUUUUAUAAUACUGAUUAUAGUUUAAAACAUUAAUUGUUUUUAUUAAACGCAAGCAAUCUCUGACUUACGUUAACUCAAACACGAGAGCCUUGCUCUUAAGAAUGAUAAAAACUUACUGCACAGUUAAAUUAUGAACAAUGCAUGACUUAAUUACACCUCCAUAUAUAGGGUGGCCCAAAAGUCAGUUAAUCAAGCUAUAAUUUUAAGAACAAUUAAGAUCUUCAUGCUAUUAUGUUAUUAUUUAUUAUUAGUUGCUUCUUUGGAACUGGUUUUAACUGUUUUUUAAAAUAUAUAUACAUCAGGGUAUAUUAUUAUAUUAUAUUAUAUACAUAAUAUAAUAUAAUAAUACAUAUUUGUGUCAGUACAGUGAAUUAGAUAUAUUUCUUAUUGUUUUUCUAAUUGUGCUUUUUAUCAAUGUAACUUAAAUUAGACAAUAAUAGGAGCCUUCAGUGAUGCAGGUUCAGUAUGUAAGGUGUAGGCUGAUGCAGCAUGUAAACAAGUUACAAACUUUGAAGGGGUUAAAUUAAUUCAUUUCAGAAUUAGAAGGGACAAUUGUUUUUGCAGGUAAAUCAUUUUAAAAAUGCAGUAUUUGUUAACAAGAAACACAUUUUGGCUCAUGUAAAACUUGAUUUAUUGCUUGUGUGUACAGAAUGGAAUGUUUAUAUAAGUCAGUUGAAUGUUUUUACAAUUAGAAUAUUUAACUAAGAAUUUUGUUGUUUAAGCAUGUGUUAAUAACAAUUAUAACAUAAAAAAAGUUAGAUAAAAUUUAUGCACGAUGCAUUUUCCAGUUUUGUUUAACUGUUUUUUAUAAAGAUAACUUUCGAAUAAUUCGCCUGUAAAAAUUUUUCACUCGGAAGUACAUAUUUAAAAUAUUAAAAAAGAAUUUUUAAGCCCAACGUAUAUGUUUUGAUGUAGAAGAAUUUUAUAUAUGUAUUCUUAUAUUAUUUCUGAUUAUUAACAGAAAGAAAUAACAAAAGUUAAU